AGUAGACGAAAACUUGGUCAACAAUCCGCCAGUGAGCAGCUUUUGAGCCCGGGACUUCUUCUUCAGAUUGGACUGCAUAUUACCGCUUCACUGUUACACAACUCGUGCGGUUGGCGGAAGCGGAGCUGAAAGAUGCCGCUUCUCCACAGAAAACCCUUCAUCCGACAGAAACCCCCGGCGGACCUGCGGCCGGACGAGGAGGUGUUCCUUUGUAAAAUCACACACGAAAUCUUCAGGACUUACGAUGAGUUCUUUGAGAGGACCAUUCUGUGUAACAGCUUGGUGUGGAGCUGUGCUCUGACUGGGCGAGCAGGCCUCACUUACCUUGAGGCGGUGGAGAGUGAACGGCGGGCAAGGCAGAGUCUUGGAAGCUUCCCUCAGUCCCUGGUAGUGCCUCUGCUCCACCUUGCUGCUUUGAGUCAGCGGUGCAGGCUGACGGAGCUCUGCGAGGACGUCUAUACUUUUGUCAAAGACCGGUUCUUUCCUGGGGAGAUGGUGGACGUGAGUGGACAUAACGGAGCCAGAUUUGUGUGCGAGAUCCUGCAGGUACACUCACCUUAUUCCAGUGCUAAUGGAAAACCAGAAGUUAAUGGCUACACCAAGCCGGCUGAUGACAACACUAUUGUCAUCAGUGACAGCGACGACGAGGAGCACGCCUUCCAGAGUCCCAUAGUACAAGUCUGUGGCAGGAAGAAGAAGAAGUCUUUGAGUCCGUCGGUGUUUAAAUACACAGUGAAGAUGAUGAAGAACAAACACAGCGAGCCGUUCACCAUCAAAGCCAAUCAGAUCAGUCGUAGGAAAACGCCACUGUCAAGAGAGAGACUGAAGCUGCUCUUCAAGCAACACUGUGAGCCUCAAAACGGUCUCAUCAAACUGAAGCCCUCCUCGGUGACAAAGUACCGGCUAUCCGAGCAGGCCUUCUCUCAGUUCUUCCCUGAUGAGCUCCCCCUGUACCCCUUCGGGCCCCCCUCUAAAUGUGGAAGGCACGAAUCACCUGGACAGGCGAGUUCGUCACUGCUGAAGGCUGCAGAGGAGAAGCUGAAGCUGCUGCAGCAGAGGGAGGAGAUGGCGGCUGCAGCUCAAGACAAGGCUCGGCUGAAGAAAGAGAGGGAGGAGGCACAGGAGGCUAAGAGAAAGGAGAGGGAGGACAAGGAGAGGUUGAGGGAGGAACAGAGGCGUAGGUUUGAGGAGGAGAAACAGAGGAGGAGGGAGGAGAAGGAGCUCAGAAAGCAAGAGAAAGAGAGGGAACGAGAGAAGUUGAAGGAGGAGAAGAAGAAAUAUGCUGAACGACUGAAGCUGUGGAACAAACCUCGAGAGGACAUGGAGUGUGAAGACCUGAAGGAGCUGCCGAGGGCGGUUCCAGUAGAAACCCGGCUCCCAGCAGAGCUCUUUGGAGAUGCUCUGAUGGUUCUCGAGUUCCUGCGGGCCUUUGGUGAGGCCUUUGACCUGAAGGAUGAGUUCCCUGAUGGCGUCUCUCUGGAGGUUCUGGAGGAGGCUCUGGUGGGUUCUGACCCUGAAGGUCCUCUGUGUGAGCUGCUGUUUUUCUUCCUGACAGCCAUCUUUCAGGCUCUAGAUGAAGAGCAGGAGGAAGUAGCCAAAGACCAGGUUGAAGACCUGACGGAGGCUCUGGAUGACGACUCUGAUCCCACGUGUUCAGCUCUGAGUGCUAUCGCCUCAUUGGCUGCAGCCUGGCCUCAGCUGCAUCAGGGCUGCAGUCUUAAACAGCUGGAUCUAGACAGCUGCACGCUGUCCGAAAUCCUGCGCCUUCACAUCCUGGCAUCUGGUGCUGAGUGUAACUACGGGAAUGCCAAGUUCCGCUAUCAGAAGCAAGGCGGAUUCUCGCUGAUGGAUGACCCUUGUGUGGAGCUGCGACUGGCAGAGCCAGCGCUGCUGAAGAAGCUGUCGUGCACAGCGGUGUAUGACCUCACUCCAGGGGAGAAGCUGAGGAUCCUGCAGGCUCUGGUGGGGAAGGUCCUGACGUUGGCGUCCAGCAGAGAUCUGAUUGAAGACUGUGUGGAGGAGCAGAGAGCUGCCAGGCACGAACUGAGAGAGAUUAGAGCCGAACAACACCGCAGGGGGAGAGAGGAGGCUGCGCAUAGGGUUCGCCUUCGUAAGGAGGAGAGGCUGAGGGAGCAGGAGCAGAGGAUGAGGGUGAAAGAGGAGAAGCUGAAGGAACAGGAGGUGAAGGGAAGACUCCAGACAAAUGGUGACACUCCUGCAGAGCAUCACACUGAGAAUGAAGAGGAGCAGAACAGCAAGAUGACGAAAGCUGAAGUCAGCCAGAAAGAAAAAGAGCAGCAGACAAUGUCUGACCUCAAACCCCCCACCAGCCUGAGGACAGAGGAGCUGGAGAGAGAGCAGGAGAAGGUCAGAGAGUUGCAGGAACGAAUCCAGAAGGCUGCAGCCUGCACCUGCCUCAUGCCUUUGGGCAGAGACCGGCUGUAUCGCCGAUAUUGGCUCUUCCCCUCUGCUUCUGCCCUUUUUGUGGAGGAUGACUACUUUGGUCUAACGGAGGACAUGCUGCAGCCAAGGCCAAGAGCUGCCCAGGACACAGCUACCACCAAGAUGGAGGAGGGAGAGGAAACUGUCAAGGAUGAACCAGCUGAGGGAAGUGCUGGCCCGAGUCCUGCCCCCCUCGACACCUGCAGCCCACCAGUCAACCGUCCCAACCAGUGGUCCUUCUACAGUUCAUUGGUGGAGGUUGAUCAGCUGAUUGAAGCUCUGAACCCUCGAGGUCACAGGGAGAGCAGCUUGAAGGAGGCAUUGUUGCAGGAGAGAGAGAGGCUGCAACACCUGCUGCAGAACUGUGACAGGAACAAAUACAGACACACAGAUGAUCCAGAGGCAUUCAGAUCAUCCCCAGAAUGCACUGCUGCAGCUGAGUCUAUGAUGGAGGUGAGACUCAGAGACCUGCUGCUAGACAUUGAGGACCGCAUCCACCAGGGAACUCUGGGAACUCUGAAGGUGAUGGACAGACAGGUGUGGCGUUCUGCAUUAGAAGCUGGAAACUACGAGCUGCUCAGUUCUGAUGGCAGAGAGAACACGGGGAUGAAUAGACGACUGGAAGCCAUGGAGGUGGAGUCUACCCACCUUAGAGCCAGAGACAGGCUGCAGGAGCUGAAGUCUGACAGCUCUGGAGCCUAUGGGUCUAGUGGCAGUGGAACUCCUCAGGUGGUCAGCAGCUCUGUACGAAUCCUGGCUCAGGCACUCGCCCACAUUGAGCAAGGCAUUGAGAGACGCUUCCUCAAAGCUCCGCUAGUUGAUGAAGACUCAAAGAAAGAGCAGAAGAUGAAGAAGAACAAGAAGAAAGAAGAGGACCAAGCUAGUGAUGAUGGCAGUGACAGUGGUCGAGUCAGUAAGACGGUGUUGGAGCGAUGGAGGGAGUCUCUGCAGUCCUGUUCCAGCCUGUCUCAGGUGUUUAUUCACCUGUCUAGCCUGGAAAGGAGCAUCCUGUGGUCUCGCUCCAUCCUCAAUGCCCGCUGUCGCAUCUGCAGAUGCAAAGGGGAUGCUGACAAUAUGCUGCUAUGUGACGGCUGUGACAGAGGACACCACAUCCACUGUCUGAGGCCACGCCUCAAGUCUGUUCCAGAAGGCGACUGGUUUUGCCCAGACUGUCGACCCAAACAGAGAUGUAGCCGCCUCCCAUCACGUCAGCGCUCUUCUAUUGAUGAAGAGGAGGAAGAAGAAGAUGACGAACAGGAAGAGGAGGAGGAAGAGUCCGAAGAUGAAGAGGAGGAAUCUGAAGAAGAAGAGUCGGACGAGGAGGAGGAGGAAGAGGAGGAGGAGGAAGUAGUCGUGAGCACAAAGAAGAGUCAGGCUCCACCCCCCAAAGGCAAGAGCCAACAGGCAAUACCAAAAGGUCAACAGACCACACCCAAGAAUGGCACCGUCUCAUCAGGGAAAAACACAUCAGCCUCCAAGUCCUCAGGGAAAAAGGCCACAGCCCCUACAUCAAAGGCAAAAGCAAGCUUCGGCAGUAAAGGUACACCCUGCUCCAGGAGUCGGACUAGUGCCCAUCUGAGCCAUGAGGUCCUGGAACCAAUCGACCAAACAGCCAAACGCAACACCAAAACCUCACCUGCUCAAAGCGAAUCUCGCAAGAGACCAUUACCAGCAGCCUCAUCUUCCUCCAGUCGUCGUUCAUCUGGGAGGAAUCAAGGGGUGCACGAGCUGUCAGCCUGCGAGCAGCUGACAGUGGAGCUAGUCAGACAUGAAGACAGCUGGCCCUUCAUGAAGCUGGUGUCCAGGACCCAGGUUCCUGACUAUUAUGACAUCAUUAAGAAGCCGAUUGCACUGAACACCAUCAGAGAGAAAGUCAACAACUGUGAAUACCAGACUGCAGGUGAGUACAUUUCAGACGUGGAGUUGAUGUUCUCCAACUGUCUUCAAUAUAAUCCUCGUCACACUAAUGAGGCGAAGGCCGGAUGUCGACUACAGCAGUUUUUCCACGCUGAGCUUAGCAGACUUGGCCUAUUAGAGCGUGGCUCUGCCAUGCCCACCAAACGCUCCCGACACUGAAACAGACCCACUCCUGUGACCUCACUGCCGUCCACUCCACUGCACUCUUGAGUGGUCCACAGGCUGGAAAGGGGAGACAGAUGUAGAAGCUGCAGUUGUUUUGUUUCUGAAGGACUUGGCAAGGUGUCAACAUUCUUUUGCAACCUGCGUGCACCCGCAAAGGGACACCACGGGUCAAAGGUCAGCAAACGCUUAAAAGAAACAUUAAAUGAAACCCAGUUCCAUAGUUAGAGCUUAGAGAUUUUUUUUUUCCUUCCUCUUCUUCUUCUUCUUAGAUUAAAGUUCAUUGGGGCAUUAACCUUCUGUUCCGUGAGCUCUGCCCUUCUCAUCUGUUGUCCUGAGUUCCUCUCUUAAAAAUAAAUAAAGUUGCAGAUUCUGUUAAGUGUGAAACAAAUCAGAGAUUUAUGCUUCCUGCAACCUGCUGAUUUUCAGGGCAUUUAUUUCCAGUCUAUGUGAAUAGAUGGACAUGUAGCAAACGUAUUGGACACACAUUCCUGUGGUGCUAUAGUGGAGACAGUCCCAUCUGAUUUCACCUGAUGUUUCCUUUAACACAGAAAAGCAAAAACCACUAAAGGAUCUAGUAAAGAAAAGUCACUUCAGGCCCUCAGUGUUUUCUCAGGGACAUACUUUUUUAUUUCAGUGGAAACUGUUGUGGAACAGUACAGCUGGUUUUACUGAAGCAGAGCAGCUGCAAGGGAUUCAGGGCUCAAUGAGUGGGUGUCUGAGGAUGCCACAAUUACAACAUAAAAUUGUAUUUAAAAAAGUUUUCUGUUUUUGUGCAUGUGAAGUAUGACCAAAUUAGUUUAAAAAAAAAAUAACAUUUAAUAAGAAAAAAUAGCUGAUUUAAUGCUUCUAUUUUGAAAAUGUGAGGCUAAAAUGAAAAUCAGUACAUGGCAUGGACUGGACAUGCAUAACCACCUGUUGUUGCAUGACUUUUGGGUUGAUGCAAUCUCAGCCUUUAUCCAUUGAGACUCACUGUGGGAUAGGGAUUUGAAAACUAAAGGAUGGCUAAGUAACCUCAGCUUGUUUUUAAUGAAGAGUAUAGUCUAAGGGCAGAAUUUCUUCUGAGAUGCUUCAUAAAAGGGAAACUGAUUUUUUUUUUUCUUCAUUAGGAAAGGCAUACAAUCAGAACAGAAUAUGAAAUAAUGAAUUUUAGGGUCAAUGUCAUUUCAUUAUGACAGUGGAGAAACAGCAGGGUUUUUCAUUGGCAGUGUAAAAUUAAAAAUAUGUCGGUAAGGUUUUGAAUGUACAUCUCUUCAUAAAAUUUAUUGCCUUUUCAAACAAGAGUUGUUUGAAUUGAGUAAUUUUAAUUGUGACUGUUGAUGUGUGAAUUUCAAAACUGUGACCAUUAACAUGAAGCUAAUAGCCCAAAACAGCUUGGUGCCCUGACAGUGCUACACGUGCAGUCUGGGAGUGUAAAGAUGGUUUAACAUCUCAGGAACAUUUCUGGAGUCAGGAUUAGCCUAGCUUGGCAUAAAGACUCCAAAUGUUUUGUUUUGUUUUUUUUUUUAAUUGUUUUUGUGGGUUUCUUUAUUUUUAUUUUUUUAAAGCUCCAUUCAGAGAGGAUUAUCUUUACAGGGGUGGGUUGUGGUAUCAUUUAACUCCUUGUUCUGGAUGGGGGACAUGGACCUUGAACAGGACAAACCAUAACCAAAAAAAGGCUAAUAAACGUCCAUAAAUCCACUGUAGAGCUGAGAAUCUUCCAGUGUUUUUGGUGUUCUUGAUAACCCACUGAGUCUGAUACACUGUAAACAGAAACUACUGGUUAAGAAUUCUGCUACUUUUAAUGUGACAAAAUGUAUAAAGAAAUCCGAAAGACUAAACAAAUUCUAAAUUUUGAAAUGUUUCUUUAAGACCCUGAGUUGCAGCUGCUUCUGUGGAUUUUGUAGGGGGUUUUUUUUCUGUUUUUUAUGGACUACUGUGAGUUUUCCUGCAUUACUUGUUUUUUUUUGUCAGCGUUGUUUUUCUCUGAUCUUCAUUUGUAUGUGUUGGAGGAUGAGGUCAGCUGUAGACACUACACUGGAGCUGCUGCAGCCUCUCUCCCCAUCUGCUGUGUAUUUAUUUAGUUUAAGCCUCAGUAUUGUCUUUAUUUAUGACUGCUAGCCUCCCUCUUCCUCCUGAAGCUUUGUUGUUCUAAUAUAA